AUGCCCAUCUUCGAGGGCGACGGCCGCCCUCUGGCUUUUCACUUGGACGCCUCAAUCAGGAAAGGAGCGCGUCAAAAACUAGAAGCGGAUAUUAAGGAGCAUGGGGGAACCGUUGUCGAGCGGCUUAGCGAUGCGGACUUUAGUAUCGUGGAUGAGAAACAUCUGCGCGGUGGACGAACACUGCUGAGCCUCGGUCAAGCUUAUGGACUGACAUUCCCCAACCUACGCUUCCGAGGACUUAAUUUCGUCCAAGCAUGCAUCAGGCAAGGUGCUAUAUUCACGCCUGUUGUCAUAAGGAAAGCAAUGGGAGGCGUACCACCAAGAGAACAGCGAGGCCGCAGGGAAUUUACACCCAGGGACGACGAACACCUCGCGGAAUACCUCGCUACCGUGGUGCCCGAUCCUGCGUCUGGCGGACGAACCGGAAAUGCUAUUUACAGCAAGCUAUGUAGUAAUCCUGAGAUUCCGUGGGCAGGAAACCAUCCUUGGGAGAGCUGGCGGACCCGUUAUAAGAACAAACGGCAAUGGUUCGACAGCAAAGUUGCUGACAUUGUCAGGGCGCGACCUGCUAAUCCGGAAGCACUCCAUAUACAAGACCGCCGAUUGAACCGCCGACCCUACAACGACGCUUACCAUCUUCGCGAGGAGGAAGAAGAGCGCACAGAUGAGGAAGCAGAUCCUCGAGCUUCCCUGAGCCCGUCGUUUCGCCCAAGCCCUGUAGAUACUCAGAAAGCAGAGGCCAACCUUGGAAAACGCGCUCGGCGUCCUCGAGGUAGCACACAAUCAGAGCAUAUAUCUCAGCAAGAAUCCGCCACUCUCGGCAAACGGGCCCGUCGUCAUACCGGAGGCGAUGAAUCCCCAUUGAAGCGGGCGAGAAUCCAAGAAGACAGGGACGAUGAAGUUCGUGCAUCCCAGGAUGCUAUCAGUCUCAAUGCCCCGGCCAGUGACGACAUUGAGUACUUCUUUGACGACGCCUUGCGCGACUUCCAUCCCGAACCUGGGCCAUCGAACACGCAGCGUACGUUGGUGGACUAUAGCUUCCCUCCAGUAGAAACCCUCGAUCCCGAAUCUCCACCCAGAAGUUCCCAGACUGCGACUGCCCCUAGACUACCACGAACGUCUCAACAAACACUCGUAGGAUCAUCUCCCCGCCUGCAACCAUCGAGGAAAGGAAAGGAAAGGCGGAUCCACUUUGACUCGGACUCAGAGGACGAUAGCGAUUUUGAUAUGUUUGGCGACCGAAUUUCACCUGUCCGCGAAGCUCAGGCAGCGAACCCGAACGCAACUCCAAGUCCACCGAAGGAAAGACCUCGUGACCACGAAUCGCAACCACCACCUUCGGAAGAGCCCGACUACUCCGACAACGAGUCUACGGACGAUUUAUUUGACCAGACCGGAUACGAUAUGACCCACGAAGCUCAUAAUCCUGUUGUCGAGACGCAAGACGAAGAACCAGUUAUUGAGAAUUCAGAUGCCGGAUCAGUGGGUGAUCCAUUCGACCAAACCGGCCAUGAUAUGUCUCACAAAUCUCAAACCCCUGUUGCCAAGAUACAAGACGAGGAACCGGAUAUUCAAGAUCCAAAUGACGGGUUCGUGGAUGAUCAAUUCGACCAAACCGGGUACGAUAUGUUGGACGAGUCUCAAUACCCGACUGUUGAAACGCAAGAGGACGAAGAAGAUAUUGAAGCUUUGCUAUUGGCCGAUCCAGCUAACUCUAGCACGAGGUCUAAUAUCACCCGAUCUGAAAACGUGUCUGCUGCGUCGCAACGGGAAUCCUCUAUUGAACACUCUGAUGACGAGCAAUCGUUGGAUACAGACGAUAGACAGAUUGACGCCAUUCAUAAGGUCUCUCGCUCAUUGUCUACCCCUUCGCGCCACUCGUCGUUUGGCCCGAAUGACCGUGACUCCCCCGAGCAAAGCCAAUCAGGUUCAGACCUUGACUCAGAUGAUGCUCAAACAAGAGACACGAUCAAGGGGUCAGUUCUGCCAGCUUCUCCCGCCAUCAGUGCGACCUCAUCGGUUGGAAUGUCUCCUAUAGCUGACACCAAGAUUCUCCCUGCAACGCCGGGCGUCCUCAGUCAUCCCAGUCUCGGAUCUUCGACAAGGAACCGCAACGGACCACGGCCUAUGGAGCGGGAUCUCGGGUCACCACCCUCUGAUGAUUCCGACGAGGAUGUCGUACCUAGUCCAGGUAUCCGAGCUCGUUUGCGUUCCGCGAAGACGCAGCCAGUAGUUAAUCCCAAAACUCCGAAGCGGGCUGCAGCACUUUCGGACUCUAGCGUCGAUAAUACUAUCCCUUCUCCGUUUACAAAGGCAUGGCAGGUAAAGCAGGAGCUUGAUAGAGCAGCCAAGCAGCGACCUUAUGAACCACCGCCGGGGACUAGGGCUGCCCGUGUUCGCUCCGAGCGGAGACUUUAG